AAUCACCAUCACCACCACCAUCACCAUCGUCUUCUUCUCCACGCCCCGACCCCGAGACACGCGAGCGCACAGCACGGAGGCAGCUGCUCCCACUCUCACCGAGCAAGCGAAGAGCUCCUUCUCCAAUGGCGCGGCCACAGCAGCGGUACCGCGGCGUGCGGCAGCGCCACUGGGGCUCCUGGGUCUCGGAGAUUCGCCACCCCCUACUCAAGACGAGGAUCUGGCUGGGCACCUUCGAGACGGCGGAGGACGCGGCGCGCGCCUACGACGAGGCGGCGCGCAUCAUGUGCGGCCCGCGCGUGCGCACCAACUUCCCCGACAACGACGCCGGCGCCCCGUCCUCGUCCUUCCUCUCCCCGGCGCUGGUCGCCAAGCUCCACCGCUUCAACGUGGCGUGCGGCUCGCAGGCCGCGCAGCAGCAGCAGGACAAGGACGCCUCGGCGUCGUCCGUGGGCGUGGACCCGCGCGCGCCGCCGGCGCCGUUCGCCGGGUACACGGGCAAUGCCAGCGCGGCGGCGGCCUCGGCGGCGGCCGGGUGGAGCGGCGGGUUCCUGGAGGAGCAGUACGUGGAGCAGAUGAUCGAGGAGCUGCUGGACUCCAACUUCUCCAUGGAGAUCUCCUACUAGCUCCUCCGCCUCCGCACAUGCUCUGUCCCCGUGUCUCCCGCUUGCUCUGUUUCCGCUCCAUUUCUCUCUCUCUGUCUGUGUGUGGGGUGGUUUGUUUUUAGAUUAGCAUAAGCUGUGUCGGGAAGAACUCGAGGUUAGUAUGGUCAUCGCCCGAGGUCUCUGACAGCUUUGUGUAUACAGUAGCUUUGUUAGAGCAUAUUUCUUCAUUCUUGCAUUACUAUUGAUGUCUUGAUGAUGCCCUAAUCAGCGUCCUCUGUUUCGUUCUUCA